GCUGGCUAAAGGAGCAGUUUCCCCGACCCUACACGCCUCCCCCACCGCACCUCCUCCGCCCUGUUCCUGGGCCCCUCCCCUAGAGCCCUAGCUUGACCUAAGCUGCUUGCUGGUGGAGAGCACACCAUGGCCUCACCGUUGACCCGCUUUCUGUCGCUGAACCUGCUGCUGCUGGGUGAGUCGAUUAUCCUGGGGAGUGGAGAAGCUAAGCCACAGGCACCCGAACUCCGAAUCUUUCCAAAGAAAAUGGACGCCGAACUUGGUCAGAAGGUGGACCUGGUAUGUGAAGUGUUGGGGUCCGUUUCGCAAGGAUGCUCUUGGCUCUUCCAGAACUCCAGCUCCAAACUCCCCCAGCCCACCUUCGUUGUCUAUAUGGCUUCAUCCCACAACAAGAUAACGUGGGACGAGAAGCUGAAUUCGUCGAAACUGUUUUCUGCCAUGAGGGACACGAAUAAUAAGUACGUUCUCACCCUGAACAAGUUCAGCAAGGAAAACGAAGGCUACUAUUUCUGCUCAGUCAUCAGCAACUCGGUGAUGUACUUCAGUUCUGUCGUGCCAGUCCUUCAGAAAGUGAACUCUACUACUACCAAGCCAGUGCUGCGAACUCCCUCACCUGUGCACCCUACCGGGACAUCUCAGCCCCAGAGACCAGAAGAUUGUCGGCCCCGUGGCUCAGUGAAGGGGACCGGAUUGGACUUCGCCUGUGAUAUUUACAUCUGGGCACCCUUGGCCGGAAUCUGCGUGGCCCUUCUGCUGUCCUUGAUCAUCACUCUCAUCUGCUACCACAGGAGCCGAAAGCGUGUUUGCAAAUGUCCCAGGCCGCUAGUCAGACAGGAAGGCAAGCCCAGACCUUCAGAGAAAAUUGUGUAAAAUGGCACCGCCAGGAAGCUACAACUACUACAUGACUUCAGAGAUCUCUUCUUGCAAGAGGCCAGGCCCUCCUUUUUCAAGUUUCCUGCUGUCUUAUGUAUUGCCCUCUGUAUUGUUUUAGUAGGGGUGUGAUGGGGACAGUUCCUUUUUCUUUAUGAAUUCUCUUUGACACAAAGCAUACUUGUAUGCAUACAAUGGGAGUAAUGAGCAGACUGUAACACCAGAGCUAGUUCCAGUUUCGGGGUCCAUGUCGCUGGUGGCCUCAGCACCCACUUGAUAUAAAUCUCCUGUCUGCCCAUCAUAUAGAAGAAGCUGAAGAUCAGAGGUGGAAACAGCAGGAUCUGUAGACCCGGAGAGAACCCAAGCUAGAGGAACCCUCACUGACUGGUGCAGGGAUCUCACCCCCAUCCCCUGAGCUCUCUGUUUAGGUAUGUGUCUUUAGUAUAGCAUGCUUGUGCCUCAAACUGCAAGGAAGCAAGUGGUAUGAAUCUGUGAUCUGCUCAGCUCUGGCUGUGAGCAUCAGAUGUAACAAAUCAAAGUCAGGAGAACUGCCUUUAGCGGUGCACCUGGACAUCAGAGCCCCUUGUAAGAACUGGGAAAUUGCUGGCAGUCUAGUGGAGCGGUACGGUAAAUCUGGAAAACACUCCCCUCUGUCACUGAAGGCUGUAGUAGAAUCCAAUUAAAGCUAUUCAAACCACUGCCGCAGACCCUCUGGGUCCCUGUGUCUGCGUGGAAUGGGUCUCUCGAGCAGGUGGGCAAAGCGUAGGAUUAAACUGACAAACAGAUGCACACAGGAGAGGCGUUGAAUCUGAAUGUAAUGUCAGGUCGAACCUCGGACUUUUUAUAAUACAGAAAAAAUUCCAGGGGCGAUAUGUCACACCAGACAAGGUACACUGAAAUUUACCAGAUACAAGAGAAUGACUUCGAAAGGAAUUUGCAGGAACUAGAUAAAUGUUUACAAUAGAGAUUAUCAGCCCUGCCUAGGAUCAUCAGCCUAGUGCCAGGUAAGAAUUUCACACUUUAGUGUUAAAAGCACCAGGGGGUAAUUACUCUUGGCAGGCCUCAAGAAUAAUGUAGUGUCACGGACCCCUAAAUUCCUAGGCCUUGUUAAAUCUUAUCUUGUCUGGAGAAUCCCCAUUUAUCAGGAGAGUAUCUCAACUUGCUCUUGGCAUGGAAUGUAGCCUGUACUAAAGAUUUUUAUCUCAGUGAGAUUCCCAGGCUCUUUCUGCAGACCAGAUGAGCUAAUGGCCUUGUUUAUUGUAAUGCUUAAUUAGUUACUGAAUAGGUUAAACUCCUUGCUGUUAUCUGGGAUCUUGGAACAAUGGGGGCGCUGGGGGGGGGGGCGGGGGGGCUUUAGCUAUGUCAGAAUUCAAUCUUAAAAGGCACUUACAAUAGGGUAAUGCUUAAUAGAGGGCACAUGGAUCCAUACACUAGACUAACGCGGGAGUGGAAAAUUAAUUUAUGGUUUAGAGGGAACGCCAGACUCCAGGAGGGAAUUUCUGUGAAACUCUUUUCCUUGUGGGCAGCUUCCAAGCUUCCGCUUGUCAAACUGACCCAACUGGAGAGCGUGGCUUUCACCAGACUCCAGGAGGGAGCUUUCGUGAAACUCUUCCUCAUGAGAUAGCUUCCAAGCUUUCGCCUGUCAAGCUGACUCCACCAGAGUGCGUGGCAAACCACCACUGUGAAAUUCCUGUAGAAUUAUGAUUCUCUCUGCUCUUGGACAGCAGAGGGUGAGGUUUGACAGAUACGACUCAGGCAUCAGAGAAGCUGCAGGCAGGCCCUCUCCCAUGUCUAAACAUGAGACUUGGAUGUGCUCCUGGGAUCACCAGCAUGCUUUAUACUCUAUAAACAUAGAAUCCUUGGAGAACAUUCCUUAGCACCCCCGGAAGGCAGAUGUAAAGAGGCAGACUAGACGUGGAGGAAGACGCUGACUGUCAAAACUGCUGCCCCAGAGCUAAUUUCCUCUCACAGUACCAUAUAAGUAACAAAUAAUAGGCAAUAAAAACCUGAAGGAACUAAGAGUCACCCAUGGUCCUCUAUCUAUUGUUACUAUCAUUUUAUACCUGAUUAUUUCCUAUGCAUAUAUAUGUAAGAAAGAUUACACCCUGGGUUUUAAAACACAACAGUUUUUGUAAGCAGAUUUAGUAAAUAAACAUGUAUAUUAUCAUUUAAUGGUUAAAUAGCAUUUCAUAGUUUGGUUGUAUCCAUUUAGUAUUAAAUUGUUUCAAACUUCCCCCUACUAUUACACUACUAAACUUGC